UUCUUCUUCCCGGUUCGAUUUCUCUGUUGCAAAAGGGUAAAACAAAAUUUAAGAAUAAAAAUUGGAACUUUUUAUUUUUUAUUUUUUAGGGGGUUUGCUUCCUGUUUUACCAGAAUAAGAAUUUAUUGAAAUUCCAUUAAUUUUUAAUUUCCCCCCCCUCAAUUUCAAUUGUUUUACGCCAGAAAAGAAACGUUUUUGUGAUCUGGGUGUGUGCUAUUCUGGGCAUUACUGGAUGAGGGAGCAUGUUUUGUUUCAUGGGUUUUGCUGAUCAUCAUCAUCAUCAUCAUCAUCAUUCAUCACCACAAGAAAAAGGCUUGUCCGUCUGUAUAUACAUGCGUUGGAACAGUAGCUAGCUUGUGAUGUUUUAUGUUGUUGGGUUUGGCAUGAGACAUUGAUGGAGAAUCAUCAUCAUCAUCAUCAGCAUAAUAAUCAUCAUCAUCAGAAUCUGUUUGUGAGGAUGGAGAAGUACCCGAGAGAUUUGCUUCAGAGAUUCAUCGUGUCAAGUGGUGGCAGUGAUGAUAACACAACACAGACACAGCAAUCUCAACAGCAACGUUUUCGAGAAGAAGAAGAAGAAGAAGAACGCGAAGAUGAGGAGGUUGAGCUGAACCUCGGUCUCUCCUUGGGUGGAAGAUUUGGAGUGGACAAGCACGCCAAGAACAAGAAGCUCAUGCGCUCCUCCUCCGUCGUGGGGACAAUGCCUUUCCUCCGGGAGGACGACGCCGUGGCUCCGCCGCCGGCAAACCCGACCCUCAUGAGGACGUCGUCGCUGCCGACGGAGACGGAAGAGGAGUGGCGGAAGCGGAAGGAGUUGCAGACGCUGCGGCGGAUGGAGGCCAAGAGGCGGAGGUCGGAGAAGCAGAGAGUUUCCAAGACGGAUAGAGAAGGCAGCGGCGGCGGAGGCGGCGGUGGUUUGGAGGAAGUGGAGGGUGCAAGUGCAACAAUGGGGUUGAAUAGGUUUGGUUCUUCAACGGUGGCGCCACCACCCUUUGCGUUGCCAAGUUGGGCUGUGGGGGCAAGACAAGUUGUUCUUAGUGAUGUGCUGGCGAAAGGGAAGGUUGGGGUUGGUUUUCAAGGAUUGUUUGCGCAGCCAUCUUCUCAGGGCUCAGCGGAUUCCCAAGGGGGAAGCUCUUCAUCAGUAUCUGAAAUGGAGAGCAAGCCUUUUCUAGGAUCAAGCAGUUGUGGUGAAGCAAGAAGCCCUGCUAGUAAUCAGUCAAUACAGGAACGAAGCAGUCAAGAUGCUGUUGGUUCAUCAGUUACAAAGACAAAUGAGAAUAUGACUAGAACUUCAAGAGCUGAGGUGGAGAAUCCAUCUAAGAAGCCCAAUCCUCACCAAAAUAUGGGGAGGGAAAUUGGGACAAACUCAAUGGAAGACAUGCCUUGUGUAUUUACUAAAGGGGAUGGUCCUAAUGGAAGAAGAGUUGAGGGAAUCUUAUACAAAUAUGGUAAAGGGGAGGAAGUGAGGAUAAUGUGUGUGUGCCAUGGAAACUUCCUCUCUCCGGCAGAGUUUGUUAAGCAUGCUGGUGGUGGGGAUGUUGCACACCCACUUAGGCACAUUGUUGUAAACCCUUCUGCUGCUCCCUUUUUGUGAUAUGAGUCCCCUCUUGUCCUUCAACAAUAGGGUUGUAAUAUAGGUUACAUUGAAGAGAAGGAAUGUUGGUUUGAUAGCUUUUUUUUUUUUUUUUAGUUUUGGUCUCCAUUUUUUGCUUAGCUUUUGAAUGAAACUAUAUUAUAUAUAGACACUUGCCUCCCUUCUGGAAGGGAAUGUUACUUAAACCCCAUCUAAAAUGGAGUAAUUAGAAAACUAGUUUUAUGGCAUAUAAGUAGUAGCUUAUUUCAUUUGGUAGUCACGUAAACUAGUAUUAUUAUUAAGAACACAUAAAAAUAGUGACUUCUUAUGUAUCAACUCUGGCGCCAUGGUGCGCAUAAGAAGUAGCUUAUUUCAUUUGGUGCGG